AUGACCAUUAUAUGUGAAAUAAUCUGGCUAUUUGCCAAUGAUCCUAUUAGAAUAAUCUGGUUAUUACAUUCAAUCCUCUACUUUUCUCAAUGGGACGUCAACUAUCUCCUUCCUACCAUUCUCUCUUCAACUUCCUUAAGAAAAAACAUUUCACCUAAGCCAGAUUCCUUCACGAGGCACCAUAGUUGUCUCUCAGCGUCGUACACUCCAUCAAUGGCUGGAUCGAUGGAAGUGCGAGCAUCCGCUGAGGAGAGAGUGUGA